CGUCAGUCAGGGGCAGGGCGAGGCCGGCGGCCGAGGAGAGUGGCCCCCGCCCGGCUGUGCGUCUCCAGUUGUGGAGGAGCGGCGGCACCAUGCGGGCGGCCGCUGAGGACGUGGUGGGCAUCCUCUGCCUGCUGUCGGCGGCGGCCGCGCUGGAUUUCAAGUACCACCACACCGAGGAGCUGGAGGCGUACCUGAAGAGGGUUCACGCCGCCUACCCCUCCCUCACGCACCUGCACAGCAUCGGGCGCUCGGUGGAAGGUAGAGACCUGUGGGUCCUUGUUCUGGGAAGGUUUCCAACCCAACAUAAGAUUGGCAUUCCAGAGUUCAAGUAUGUUGCUAAUAUGCAUGGGGAUGAGACUGUUGGGAGAGAAAUCCUGCUCCAUUUGAUAGACUUCCUGGUGACCAGCUAUAGGCGGGACCCAGUUAUUACCCGGUUACUCAAUAAUACUCGGAUUCAUAUCAUGCCAACAAUGAAUCCUGAUGGGUUUGAAGCUACAAAAGUGCCUGACUGUUAUUACACGCGAGGAAGGUACAAUAAGAACGGAGAAGAUCUGAACAGAAAUUUUCCUGAUGCCUUUGAACGAAACAACGCCAGCAUUCAGCCAGAGACUCGAGCAGUCAUGAACUGGAUAAAAAAUGAGACGUUUGUUCUUUCGGCAAACUUGCACGGGGGUGCCCUGGUUGCCAGUUACACCUUCGACAAUGGUAACUCAGUUACCGGCUCUUUGGAAGGCUAUAGCAGGUCUCCAGAUGAUGAUGUCUUUAUCCAUUUGGCAAAAACCUAUUCUUUCAACCACGCCAGCAUGUACAAAGGGACUGGUUGUGACAACAGACAAACCUUUCCAGAUGGCAUCACCAAUGGGUAUUCCUGGUACCAGCUGGAAGGUGGAAUGCAAGAUUACAACUAUGUCUGGGGACAGUGCUUUGAAAUCACAUUGGAGCUGUCAUGCUGUAAAUAUCCUCCAGCAGACCAGCUGGAAAAGUUCUGGAGAGACAACAAAGCUGCUCUGAUUGAAUAUAUAAAACAAGUGCAUCUAGGCAUCAAGGGUCAAGUUACUGAUAAGAACGGGAAUCCUAUUCCCAACGCCAUUGUGGAAGCUCAAGGAAGGCCUCACGUCUGCCCCUACAGAACAAAUGAACAAGGGGAGUACUUUCUUCUCCUUCUGCCUGGCACGUAUGUGAUCAAUGCUACUGUGCCGGGGUUUAAAUCCAUGCUGAAGACGGUGGAAAUACAUGACAACACUGGUAACUUCACUGCUCUGAAACACGACUUCACUUUCCCAGAAGCCUCUAUCAGGUCACGUGCUGCUUCUUGUCCCAGAACUCCCCUCUACCAGGAGCUCCACUGGGCUUCAGCUGCGGUAAAACCAGCUCUCCAUGUCGCCUUGGUUUUAAUGACCGUUCUGCUUGUCAUCUUCCAAUAGUUGGGAAUGACAUGAGGUGGCAAGGCAACAUCUCCCCGCAGAGUUCUGGCUGACAUUCAGACAUGGAGUUGCAUAUGCAAAAGAAUGUAUGUUUUUAUGAACCAAACUCUGAUUUACAGGCAUGGUUUUUUGUAAAAUACUGGCUCGACAAUCAAAUGUUUUACUUUAAUUAUAACAGACUCUCAUAUUUUUCUACGUAUUUUACCUAAAGACACCCUGUACAGCCUAUGGAUGUAACUGCAGAAUUUCGAUGCACAAAGUACAAAUAUAUUCUGAAGAAUUUGCCCAAGUUCAAAAGAAGUCAAGGAUUGUACUGCAAAUGUUUCACACAAGGUCAGGUUCCUCUCUGAGCCAGCAGCUGGUGUCACACAACUGAACACCAUGAGCCCAACCCUCAUUUCUCAUAAUAAAGCCACUGCUAUCAAUGAAAAA